AUGAACUUGUCGAUCGUCGGUGGCAAAGAUGAUCAUCUGAGCAGCUUGGCUAAAAAGAAAAAAAAGCCGAAAAGCCCACCAACUCUUGUUUUUUUUGCCGUGUUUGUUGUUCGAGCAACCCAAGCUGUACCCGAGGUGGAUGCCUUUCAAUCGCAAACCAAGGCUUCCCUGUGGGGCUACUUCAUCGACGAUCAAGUGGGCGCGCACUUCCAGGUCAAAGGCUGGUGUCAUUUUUGCCCCUAUGAAGGAACGAAGGUGCUCCUUCCUCCACUUGAUGAUGAUCCUUCCUCGGAUAGGUUAUCGGGUUUUGCUGCUCCUUCGCCGGACAUGGACGUGACAAACCUGCAUGAGGGGUAA